UCAGUCUCUGAUUCUUCAAAUUUUUCAAAGUCAUAAUACAUAAAUGUGUCCUUUAACCUGGUUUCUAUUUUCAUCCAUGUUUUCCAACUUUAAAUAUGAUACUUGAACUUGUAUAAAGUUGAAUAAGCAGAUAUAUACGUUCUAUAUAAGAUUUAAGUGUCUAUUUGUGCUGUUGUGCACCUUAAAUGCAAGUUGAGGCCAAGUUAAAGGGCAUGUUUAUGUAUUAUGUAUUAGACGAGGACUUGUGACCACGUUACGAUCUUAUGGAGCAAACGUUAGUUCAAAAUGGUGCAGUCAAAAAGGUACAAUUCCUUCCAGCUGUAAAUGAUGACCACGGAGGAGUUAUAAUAGAACUAGAGAAACCUAUGGACCCAAAUGUCUUCCAUAUCAUGCUCAGAAGUUCGUUACGUCAAUGGAAACUGCAGGGGAAAAAGGUCGUGUGGAUUAAACUGCCAAUUGAACUUGUAAAUCUGGUUGAAAGCGCAGUUAAGGAAGGGUUCUGGUACCACCAUGCAGAACCUCAUUACUUGAUGCUUGUGUAUUGGAUUCCUAAAAUUGAGAAUACGAUCCCUGGAAAUGCCUCACAUCGAGUUCGUAUUGGUGCUAUUGUCUUGAAUGAGAAAAGAGAGUUGCUCGUUGUCCAAGAAUGUAGCGGCAAAAUGAAGGGAAAGGGGAUAUGGAAGAUCCCUACUGGUGUUGUCGAAGAGGGAGAGGAUAUAUUUGAAGGUGCGGUGAGGGAAGUGAAAGAAGAAACAGGAAUUGAUACAGAAUUUCUGGAAGUGCUUGCAUUCAGGCAGAUGCACAAGUCAUUCUUUGGAAAAUCGGACUUAUUCUUCAUUUGCAUGAUGCGCCCUCUUACGUUUAACUUACAAAAGCAAGAUUUAGAAAUUGAGGCAGCUCAGUGGAUGUCACUAGACGAGUAUGCUGCUCAACCUUUUAUUCAGAAACAUGGCAUUUUCAAAUACAUCAAAGAUCUAUGCUUCGCAAAGGCAGAAGAGAGUUACCCUGGAUUUACUCCUGUGCCGAUUAAAUCAUAUUUUGGGGAACCUACGAGUUACCUUUAUUUCAACGAGGAUGGUCUGGUUCAGGAAACCUCUGCAAUUUAUCUAUGAAGAAACAUAUUGGAUCUAUCACAUUUGCCAGAUUUGAUGGUAUGUCGCAUUUUUAUAUAUCCAUACCGCUCCAUUCAGGUCCAUUUAAUUCUUAUACUAGGAGUUCUCUAUUACUAAAAAAGUAGAUAAGUACUUGCAUAAGUUUUCUGUAAUUGUUUUCAUCUAAUUUGAUUAUUGACGCUUAAUCGUAGUAGUUGUAUAUAUUGGUUAUAUAUGUAUACAAAUAAGUAUAUGUAUUUUCCAAGGUUUAUAUGCCGCACAUUGUAUGCAGUAUGUCCAAUGAAACGCAGAAAGCAUAUGAAACUAAUUCCAAUUUGCUUGA